CGAAAAGCUUUCCAGGGUUUGGUUUUUUUUUUUCACUUUUGGGCCGUUCACAACUUCACACCAAGUCACCAAAUGUGCUGUCAUGUCUGAUAUUGACCUUGUCCUUUGCCUUUCCUGUACUCAAACAAAACUUGCUUUUAUUACAUCAUUUGCGCCACUCAAAGACUUCGAUUCCCGUCGCCAUGAAAGAUUCUCAAGCAAACAGAAAUCCCCAAGCGGAAUCCAAGAAGACGACGAUCCCGCCUUACAUGAAAGCCAUUUCAGGCUCCUUCGGCGGUAUCGUAGAAGCCUGUUGUCUGCAACCCAUCGAUGUCAUCAAAACCAGGUUGCAAUUGGACAGGAUGGGGAAUUACAAAGGGAUCGUUCACUGCGGCGCCACCGUGUCUAGCACUGAAGGGGUGCGGGCUCUUUGGAAAGGAUUAACGCCCUUCGCUACUCACCUCACGCUUAAGUACGCGCUCCGGAUGGGAUCUAACGCCAUGUUGCAGAGCGCGUUCAAGGACUCGGAUACUGGCACCUUGAGUAACAAAGCGAGGUUUUUAUCUGGGUUCGGUGCUGGGGUUCUUGAGGCGCUUGUUAUCGUUACUCCCUUUGAGGUGGUGAAAAUUAGACUGCAGCAACAGAGAGGACUAAGUCGAGAGCUUCUAAAGUACAAAGGCCCCAUACAUUGUGCUCAUACAAUCAUACGUGAAGAAGGCCUUUUUGGGCUGUGGGCAGGAGCUGCCCCAACCGUUAUGCGUAAUGGGACAAACCAAGCUGCAAUGUUUACAGCCAAAAAUGCUUUUGAUGUAGUAUUAUGGAAGAAACAUGAAGGCGACGGGAAAGUCCUCCAACCAUGGCAGUCUAUGAUAUCGGGUUUCCUUGCGGGAACAGCUGGUCCAGUAUGUACUGGUCCCUUUGAUGUCGUCAAAACUAGGUUGAUGGCUCAAAGUCGAGAUGGAGGGGAGGUGAAGUAUAAGGGCAUGGUCCAUGCUAUCCGAACAAUAUAUGCUGAGGAAGGACUUCGUGCUUUGUGGAAAGGACUGCUGCCUCGGCUCAUGAGGAUACCACCUGGUCAGGCCAUAAUGUGGGCUGUUGCUGACCAAAUAAUUGGUCUCUAUGAGAGGAGAUACUUUCAUAGUGCAGCUCUAUAAGCUUGUACUUUGUUUGCUUGUUCUGGUUUUGAUUACCAUAGCAAACGCAAAUCUUGAAAAUCUUGGACACCAUUUUUUUCAGUGGUCGGACUCAACACCUGGUAAGAAAGAGCCACAUUUGAACUUAAGCUAUAAAUUAGGAAAUGGUAGUUGAAUCCAAAAAAAAAAAAAGUUCAUGAAUAGCAAUGAAGGUAUCUGUUUCUCUAUAUCUCAAUAAUGAUACAUUGCUGGUGUCACUUUCAUUAACCAAUUUGAGUCUCAGCUUAGUUUCAUGCA